UUUUGAAAGUGCCUGCUACAACAAAAACACCAUGAAAGCUUCUGAGAUUCAGAUCACAUUAAGAGAGUGCGAAACCGAGGGGGAAAAUUCGCAGCAGAAGAAAACGAAACCCCAAUUUAGACCAGCUAAAGAUGAUACAAAACCAGUCCUCCGAGAUCCUAUACUGCGAUCUGACCCAAUUGAGACUGAAGAAGCUGUACUACGACUCCCCCCUUUUCCUUUUGUAGGAUUAAAGCCCUAAAUGAGUAAGCCUACUUCUCAUGUAUUGUCAUUGUACCUGGGCAUGGAAAUGUAUGUAAGACAAUGAAUUUUCGUUGAUUUUGUAGCAUUUUUUAUGAUCCAAUUUUAUCCGUUUGGAUUAUGUGCUAGUGGUGUAUGGUUCAUUUGUGUAAACCUCGGAUUAAAUGUUAGUAUUCCUUGGAAUUUACAUCUAUGCUACUAGUAAUAUGUAAAGAUUAAGUUUGAUGGUAGCCCCUAAUUUUUAGGUUCUGCUGUUUCAAU